AGGACCUUUUUGGGUUUCUUUUGUCCUUCCCAUGUUCUCUCUUCUCUUCCCUUUCUGUAUUCCUGUUUCCCUCCAUUGGCCGGGAAACUUCUUUCGUCGCCGGGUAACCGCUUUGUCUCCGGCGAAUAGCAUCCUUCCUCCGACGGAAAACCGUUGUCUCCUCCUCUCUGCUUGACUUCCUUCAACCUUUUUUUUGUAUUAUUUUCGUUGACUCGGUGGCUCGAAGGCUUCGGAUCUCUGAUUCCGGCCAGAGACGGUGCCGUUUCGGACGUUUGGCGGGAAUGUGGAUGGCCUGGUUGUCGCUGUAGGCUUGCUUUUGGUCUGCCGUGGCUGGGAUCGUGAUCUAGGGUUUCGGUUCUCUGAUUCGGAUUCGGUUUCUGCGGUUGUGUUGUUUUAUCCUUUGUGUGUUGCUGUGAACAAAGACGCAGGCGUACAAAAAGAGACUACGGAAUGAGAUGGUGGAAGGAAGGCUUUGUUUGUCCAAAGAGGCCAAAACUGGAUUAGAAAUUCUGAAGCGUACAAGGCUUCAGCGAAUGAGACCGGAAUCUGCUACCGAGCCUUUAAAUCUCAUUAAUACAAUGGCUCGAAGUGGAGGUGAUGCUUUAAAAUCUUCUGUAUCCUGUGGUCUUACAUUCCAGGGAGGUGCCCACUCAGUCUCUCUGUUCAGUGGUGCUUCACAUGAAAAAGAUGUUUUUCCAAAGCGUAGGGUGGAUAAGUUCGAAACAAGUGAUCUAGAGUGGACUGAGAAAAUUCCCGAAUGCCCUGUGUACUAUCCAGCAAUGGAGGAGUUUGAGGAUCCUUUGGUUUAUUUACAGAAGAUAGCUCCAGAAGCUUCAAAAUAUGGUAUAUGCAAGAUUGUUUCUCCUUUGAGUACUUCUACUCCAGCUGGGGUUGUAUUGAUGAGGGAGAAAGCAGGAUUCAAGUUCACAACUAGAGUACAACCUCUUCGUCUUGCAGAGUGGGACAAUGAUGACAAGGUCACCUUUUUCAUGAGCGGAAGAAAUUAUACAUUCCGUGAUUUCGAGAAAAUGGCGAACAAGGUUUUUGCUCGUAGAUAUUAUAGUACUGGUUCCCUUCCUGCCACGUACUUGGAAAAAGAAUUUUGGCAAGAAAUUUCUUGUGGAAAGACAGAAACUGUUGAGUAUGCUUGUGAUGUAGAUGGUAGUGCCUUUUCAUCUUCUCACAGCGAUCCUCUUGGAAAUAGCAAGUGGAAUUUAAAGAAUCUUUCAAGGUUACCCAAGUCCAUUUUGCGUCUUCUAGAAAUUGCAAUUCCGGGUGUAACGGAUCCCAUGCUAUACAUUGGAAUGCUGUUUAGUAUGUUUGCUUGGCACGUGGAGGAUCAUUAUUUGUACAGUAUUAAUUAUCAUCAUUGCGGCGCAUCCAAAACCUGGUAUGGCAUUCCAGGUGAAGCUGCUCUGCAAUUUGAAAAGGUUGUUAGGGAGCAUGUGUACACGCAUGAUAUCAUAUCAACUGAUGGAGAAGAUGGAGCAUUUGAUGUCCUAUUGGGGAAAACAACAUUGUUUCCUCCAAAUAUUUUGUUGGAACAUGAUGUCCCUGUCUACAAGGCUGUGCAAAAGCCAGGAGAAUUUGUUAUUACUUUCCCCAGAGCAUACCAUGCUGGAUUCAGUCAUGGUUUCAACUGUGGCGAGGCAGUCAACUUUGCAAUUGGUGAUUGGUUCCCUUUAGGUGCUAUUGCUAGCCGACGUUAUGCGCUGCUUAACAGGAUGCCUCUGCUUCCUCAUGAAGAACUUCUGUGUAAAGAAGCGAUGCUUCUACACACAAGUUUAGAACUUGAAGAUUCAGACUAUUCAUCUGCUGAUUUGGUCUCCCAUAAUAGAAUUAAGUUGUCUUUUGUGAGAUUGAUGCGCUUUCAGCAUCGUGCUCGUUGGUCUUUAAUGAAGUCAGGGGCAUGCACCGCUGUUUUGCCAAACUCCUAUGGAACUGUUCUAUGCAGCCUAUGCAAGCGCGAUUGCUAUGUAGCUUACAAUAAUUGCACUUGUUACAUGCAUCCUGUCUGCCUGCGCCAUGAUGUAAGGUCUCUUGACUUCUCAUGUGGGAGCAGCAAUCUUACUCUCUUUUUAAGGGAGGAAAUAACAGAACUGGAAGCUGCAGCCAGAAAAUGUGAAAAGGACGAUAGUAUGCUGGAGGCGAUAAGGGGGCUAGCGGAAAGUGGAGAUGACUUGUAUUCUUAUCCAUUAAAUUUAUCCCUGAGUGCUGAAGACAAUGGAUACUCUCCCUAUUGUGAGAUAAAAUUUGAGUUGAACCCUGAACUUACUGGUAGAACUCAGUAUAGGUCACAUGAGCCAGAAACUGGUUCUCAUGGCGGGCCCAUGUUGAGAUCUGAUGCAGAUUAUUCAAGUCCUGCAGUGUCAGAAGGUUCCCUUUCAUGUGCCGCAUCAACUCUUUGUUCUCUUUUAGAGCCUCGGGAGAGCUUAUCUGCUCCCAAUAAUGUACAGGGAAAUGCUAACUCUUACACAGGGACUCUAAGUUCUAAAAGGCGUUUUGAAGAGUUGGUGCGCGGUGCAUAUGAGUCUUCUCAAUCCUCUCUAUCCUAUGAUGAAUACUCUAGUGCACGUCCAGGGAAUCUAAACGGAUCAGAGGUUAGGCAUGUUGUUGAUCAAGGCAGUGAUGAUUCUGAUUCAGAGAUCUUUAGGGUUAAGCGUCGUUCAUCAUUGAAGACGGUGGACAAAAGAAGUGUAAAUGAUGUCUUGUCAUCAAAUCAUUCCGAAAACAAGGGUUUUAAACGAUUGAAGAAACUGCAACCUGACAGAAGAUGCGGGCGAUCGUCGGUGCCAUUAGAUUAUUGCAGCCCUGGUGAACCAAAUGCUAAAUUUAUUGCAACUAGUAAUUACAAAGGAGUUCCAGAGAGUGCUUCUUUGGAGGGCAGGUUCUCCACAGGAAGUAGCGCUCCUACAGGAAGUAACGUUCCCAUCUCUAUCAAGUUUAAGAAGUUGGCCAAUGAAGAUGCAGCUAGACAACAGCGAGAACGCCACAGAAAGGAUGGAUACGAGGUUGAAUUGGGAAAGAGCCGGAGGCAACCAACCCCAAUGGAGAUUGGGGCAAAGCGCCUUAAAGUCAAAGCCCCGUCGUUCCUAGGGUCGGAGAGCAGCAGGUUAAAUUAAAGAUAUUUAGAUCACUCUAGGAAGUGCCGAGCAUCUGGUGGACCGGCCCUGUAGAGAGAGCAGCAGCGGCAUCAUAGAACCUGACCUCGCUAACUUGAUUAUCUCUAACGGGGUUUUAACAACACAGGUAAAGCUAAAGAAGAUUGAUUUGUGGGAGCAGUGACGGAAAAAUUAACCAAGGAUAAAGAUUUACAUUUUUUGUGCAGGCCCUCAAAUUGGGGCAGUCUGCAUUGUUGGUGAUUCUUGAGGUUCUCGGGCCGGGGUAUUUUUACCGUCUUUGGCAGGAGAACCUUUCUUCCUGCAAAAUAGUAGAGAUUGGGUUAUUAGUGAAUUUCCAUGUAAAUUUAUUUGUUUUUUUUUUACUUUCUUUCUUACAAUUGUUAAUCCAGUAAGUAGCUAGUUGGUAAUUCUUGAACAUGUUGAUUGGUUCGCUGCUUCCUUUUUACAGGUUCUUUAUUCUUAUUUGUUGCAAUGGGUCCUUGUAAACCUGUGAGUACAUGAAUAAAAUGCAGGGAAAUGCGUUGUCAUUUUA